AGGUAUCGGCUAAGAAACAAGAAAAUCAGUGCCGCCCCCGUGAGACCCUUCCCUCUGCUUGGGAAAGCCAGCCUCUCAAGCCCCCUCCCUGCCACCGUGGGGAAUGUCCUUCCCAUCAUAGGGAACAUGGACCCGGCAGGAAAGGCCUCGUCCAGCACCAACAGGAGUCCCAGCCCAGAGAGCGGCGGCCCCCAGCUGAUUCCCCGUUGUAUGAACAGCCCUUCGUUACGGACUCUGGAGCACGUGAAGAAAGGAGGGAAGGCCGUGGCGAACAGCCAGAACCCGAUUUUGUCUCCCAACGAGCCUCUGCCUGAACAUCAAACCGGCUCCUCUCCGAAAACGCCUGUGAACCAGACCGCAGCUACCUCAGCAGGCCCUGUCCCUCCUCCCCCUCCCCUCCCUCCCUCCCCUGCCCUUUCGGGCAGUGAGAUCAGCCUCCUCGCCCCCAAACCCAGCCCUUUCACCGCCCGCCUGCCCAUCUACCCAGCUCCCUCGGAGGGCCUUCCGUAUUUCCAGGAUCCUCGGGCUCACCUCUCCUAUGAGGCUCCGCCUUACCCACCAACAGGAUACUAUCCAGGCCCCCCGGCGGUCGCCGCAGCUGUGCCGCCAUGCCUCCCUCGCUUUGUGAGGUCCAGCAACGUCUCAGAAUCCCCUCUACCGCCGGCCUCCCUGCAGUACAGCGAACAUUACAGCACCUUUCCUGCUCGGGACAGACUCACUUCCGCUUACCAACAGGCCCAACCGCAGCCCUACGGGCCGGUGCCGCCAGUUCCUUCUGGGAUGUACGCUCCGGUUUAUGACAGCCGGCGUAUUUGGCGACCGCUGAUGUACCAGAGGGACGACCUCAUCCGGAGCAACUCCUUACCUCCCAUGGAAGUCGCCCACCCCUCCGUCUAUCACAACUUCCUGCGGGAAAGAUACGGCUCUUUGGACAGCUACUGUUCGGUGCCCUGCCAGGUGCCAGCAGAGCAGAGGGCCGUGGCUUGGGCAAGGGAACCUUGUGGACAUCUGAAGCCUGCCUACGAGGAGCCUCUCAGGAAGAAGCCGGAGCAGUGGGCUCCUUGCCACGUCCCCAAAGUACCCCUGGUGGCAACUUCCACUCUUCCUGCAGCCACACCCUCUCCGUCCUCUCCUUCCCCUCUCUUCUGCGUGGACUUCAGUUCUGAAGUAAGGCCCCAA